GCACUUGCACGUCACUUUGCGAACGUCCACAAAUGUAAGGUUGGACAGCGCGACGGGCCUGAGGGCUGUACCCGUUGUGGACAAUCAUCGACGCGCACCACUACGGCAGAGGUUUCCUAUCAAUGGGGAAUCUAUUCUUAACCCGCUCCCGAAUUUAAAAUUCCAAAUUUCUAGCUUGUCUCCUGUCUAAUCCCGGCACAAGAAUCCCUCGCGGUAACGGAAGCCAUUGCCGCCGCAGGCACCGGCAGCCAACCUCUCCCACGCCCGGCAGCUCCCCCCGAGCCCGCCCAUGGCUCCGGCUCCGGCGUCGAGCGGCCGCAUCCGGCCGUGGCUGGUCGUUGGCGACCUGGUGCUCGCGGCGCUCUGGGUUUGCGCAGGCGCGCUGGUGAAGCUGUUCGUGUACAGCGUGCUCGGCCUCGGUGGGACCCCGGAGGGCGAAGCCGCCAAGGUCUCGCUCUCUGUCGUCUACAUGUUCCUCUUCGCCGGGCUCGAAUCGCUCACCGGCGGCGCCUCAUACAACCCGCUCACCGCCCUCUCCGGCGCCGUCGCCUCCCACGGUGGCCCCGCCCUCUACCUCUUCACCGUCUUCCUACGGGUCCCUGCCCAGGUGAUUGGGGCGGUUCUAGGAGUGAAGCUCAUCCGAACAGCUUUCCCUCAAGUAGGUAAAGGAGCUGCGUUAAGCGUCGGCGUUCAUCACGGAGCAUUAGCUGAAGGACUGGCAACUCUUUUGGUUGUUAUGGUGUCAGUGACACUUAAAAAGAAAGAAAAGGGAUUCUUUAUGAAGACAUGGAUCGCGAGCAUUUGGAAAAUGACAAUUCAUAUCCUUAGCUCGGAUAGUACUGGAGGGAUUAUGAACCCUGCAUCUGCUUUUGCUUGGGCUUAUGCUCGAGGAGAUCAUGCGACAUUUGACCACCUAUUGGUAUAUUGGCUUGCACCCCUCCAAGCAACCCUGCUAGGAGUAUGGGUUGUUACCUUCUUAACUAAACCGAAGAAGGUAGUAGAUGAAAACAAGAAGAAGAAAUAGACUAAGGAAGUGGUUGGGGAGUGGAUGUACAGUACCUUCACCUGGGUUCAAGUCCACGUGAACAUGAAUUCAAUCCUAUUAGUCUUUCCUUCAAAAAAGAAGGGAUACACUAGUGUUAAAGUGGUUUCCACCAUUUGUUCUGGAGCAAAACUUCAGAUCCCAACAUUACUAUCAUUUUGCUAUAAAAAAAAUGUACAUUUGGGAUCUGUCAACAUGUCAGAAGCCUCUUUAAUGUGUACCUCUUGUAUCUUAGCUUAAAA